AUGAACAGCAAAAGGUGCGAUUUUAAGGGCUGCGAAAAAGAGGUCGAAUCCAUUUGCAGAUGCAUUUCAAAUGGCAUCUAUUUAUGCCAUGGCCAUCUCAUGAUCCAUAUGGAAGAAAUAUACCAAAAUCCCCACAAGGUAGAAUUUCUGUACAUGAGAAUUAACGACUCAGACUUAGAAUUUAUAUUAGAAACAAUAGAUUUAGCCAAGAAAAAAAUUGAUGAAGAGCUUACAAAGGUUAUCCAAGCCUCCAAGACAAUUCUUGAAACUUUUCAUGAAAAGGUGGAUAAAGAGCUUAGGAAGGUUAUGAUUAUGCAGCAAGGACUUAUUAAUGCAUUAGAAAAGACUGCAAGAAUGACGAGAAUUAAUAAAAAUACUGAUGUCCCGAUAUUUAAAUCGAUUUUGAAAGAUUUUGAGAAGGUUAAAGCUUCCCUAAGCAAUACAGAUUGAUUUUCGCUUAAUGUUAAUGAAGACAAGGUUAUUGAUGCUAUUGAUAAUUUUAUUGAAAUUACUUUUGAGCAUCGGGAAAUUUAUAAGCUAACUGAAAUCACUGAAAAUUUUAUGCCGCCUUAUGUUCGGGAAGAGUCAAAAUGCAGCAAUGAAGAAUAUAGCAGCAGAUAUGAAGAAAUUGAUUUGUUUUUACUUGCAAGUAAGGUAGGGAGUAUCAAAGAAAAGGAUCCAAGGUAA